UUAUAAAUGUCCAUGUUUUGAUMAUGCUAACUUUUUCUCAAAAGUUCAAUUUUGGUUUACGUUACCAUUUUUUCUCAAAUUUUAUGGCAAACCAAUUGAAACUACCGAUUGUUACCAGUGCUCCAAAACUGACAAAUCGGAUGUGUUGGGCAAUCGACUGCUAAAAUUUUGGGAAAUGGAGCUCAAGAAACGGGAGUUGGGACACAAACCAAGUCUAUUGAAAGCAUAUAUCAGAGCUUAUGGAUUAGAUUUUGGUUUAUUUACUUUAUGUAAUAUAUUUGUCGAUUGUGUGUUAAGAAUAUUACCAUUGGUUGCAAUGAGUUUUCUCAUCAAAUAUCUCGAUAAAUGGCAAAAAAGCAAAGAAAUKGAUAGUAAUGAUGAAGAAUUUGGUUGGCACUCAAAUCGGGCCUACAUUUACUAUAGUGCAGUCAGUAUWUGUAUAGUCCAGGCUAUAGCAUGUGUGACAUCGCACCCGUAUUUUUUUCUCAAAACCCGGUUAGGUAUGCAAAUACGAUUGGCCACCAAUUAUCUCAUAUACAACAAAGCCCUUAGAGUGUCGAACAGUGCAUUGAGAACAACCACUAUCGGCACAAUAGUCAACCUAUUAUCUACCGAUUGCUAUAAGUUUGAUACAAUGAUACUAUAUAUACACUUUGCAAUAACCGGACCCGUGCUUAUGGUCUGUAUAUUUGGAUUUUUAUGGUAUGAAUUACAAAUGUCAUGUUUGGCUGGUUUGGCAUUUAUGGCUGUCUACACACCGUUUCAAACAAUGAUGGGACCGCUGUUUUCGCGACUCCGGACUAAAAUUAUGGUCUUAACCGACAAUCGGCUUAAACUGAUGAAUGAGAUCAUACCUGCUAUGCGUGUCAUCAAAAUGUAUGUCUGGGAGAAACCGUUCGGAAAGUUGAUUGAGUUGUCACGAGUCAGGGAAAUACAGGCCAUACAUAAAGUUAUGAAUAUCAGRGCAUUCAAUCUAUCAUUGUUUUAUGUAUCGGGAAAAGUGAUGACAUUUCUAUGUUUACUGAUUUUCAUAYUAACAAACAAUCAAUUGAAUGCCGAAAACGUUUUCGUAACCAUAGGUCUGGUUAACCUUUUAAGAAGAAUUAUGACUCAAUAUUUUCCAUACAGUAUAUCAUUGGGUGCCGAAACACUGGUGUCUGUACAUAGGAUUGAGAAAUUUUUGUUAUUAAAUGAGUUUCAAUCAACACAUCAUUYACUGCUUACCAAUAGUGAAGUACCGGAUCCRUAUAAAAAAUCUUUCAAUGAAUUAAAGAAAAUGGUUAUCACUGAUGAAAGUGAAAACCAUAUAUCAGUGGAAAAUAUUUGUGCAAAUCAUAGUGAAAACGAAGGCAAAAUUAUUAGCAUUUUAGAUGACAUCUCAUUUGAUGUCAAACCGGGAGAGUUGACUGUCAUUAUUGGUUCAGUGGGUUCGGGAAAGACAGCAGUUUUGAUGGCAUUACUCAAAGAGCUAAAUUUAAGUUCGGGAACUGUAUCCGUUAGGGGACGGUUGGGUUACGCAAGUCAAGAGUCGUGGAUUUUUGGCGGAACAGUCAAAGAUAAUAUAUUAUUUGGACAGACAUUUGAUGAACGAAAAUACCGACAGAUAGUCCACGUCUGUGCUCUCGACGAUGACUUAAAGCAAUUACCAUUCGGUGACCAAACAUUUGUCGGCGAACGAGGUGUCAGUCUUAGUGGUGGACAACGAGCUCGGGUUAGUUUAGCCCGAACUUUAUACUCCGGUGCCGACUGUUUCUUAUUGGACGACCCAUUAUCGGCAGUCGACUCUUCAGUAGCCAAACAUAUAUUUGAAAAAUGCAUUAAAGGAUAUCUAAAAAGACAUUGUGUUGUAUUAGUGACACAUCAAUUGCAGUUUAUUAAAGCCGCCGAUCAGAUAGUGGUCCUCAAUGACGGUAAAUGUAUUGCUUCGGGUAGUUAUACACAACUUCUAAACAAAGGUUUAGAUUUAAUCAAAUAUGCGGGUAAUUCGGAUCUACAAAGAGAUGACAAAUCCAAACAUAUAUCUGAUAUGAUAACGAGUCGCACGUCAUCUCUGUCUCAAUUGUCACACAUUUCUCUGUUAUCUCACGACUCAUCUCAUCAUUCAUUUMCCGAUGAAGAAGUUUAUGACGAGAGAGGUAUUCAAAAAUAUGGAGACAAAUCUGAAGACAUWAUCAGUGAUCCAAAUAACCCAGAAGUAGUGUCGACCAAAGUCUACUGGACAUACAUGAGAGCCGGUGCCGGCAUUAUAUUGAUUCCGGCGUUUUUCUUGUCAAAYAUUAUCACACAAUCGCUGUUCACAGGAAGUGACUAUUGGUUGUCUCAAUGGACAGGAUAUCUGGARCGCAAACAUAUAGUUGACGGACCAGUUGAGCGCAGUUGGAUGGUAUCGGAAGACAUGAAUACAAACAUUAUUAUCUAUUCUUUAUUUGUGGCACUUAUUUUUAUAUUUUCAAUCUCAAAGACAGUCAUAUUUUUUGUUAUAUGUAUGCGAUCUUCCGUUAACUUACACAAUAAACURUUGGAGUCUGUUUUGAGAGCACCGGUAGCUUUCUUUGACAAAUAUCCAAUCGGAAUGAUAAUCAAUAGAGUGUCCCGUGACUUAGGUAUUAUCGAUGAUAUACUGCCGACCUCUGCAUUUGAUGCACUGGAGAUACUAUUGGACUGUAUGGCUGUUUUCAUACUGUGCGCUAUUGUUAAUCCAUGGGUUAUCAUACCGACUGCUUUUUUAUUUAUUUCAAAUUUUCUUGUCAUUAAAUUUGCAUUGAAUACCAUUAGAAAAACAAGAACAGUUGAGGCCAAAGCCCGGAGCCCAGUGUUCAGUCAUUUGACGUCAACUAUAAACGGAUUGACAACUAUUCGGGCGUUUGGCCGGGAAAUGGAUUUCUCGAAAAAAUUUAAUUCAGUUCARGACACACAYACCAACACGUAUUUCAUGUCAAUGGUUUGCACCCGAUGGUUUGGUAUAAUACUGGAUGAGCUAUCUAUAGUCUAUAUUAUAGCGCUGACCAUUUUAAUGGUAGCAAAUCUCGGCACUUUUGACAGUAGUGUCAUUGGUCUGACUCUAUCGCAAGCGUUUUCAUUGACCACAUACUUCAGUUGGGGUAUACGUCUGGGCGCUGAAGUCGAGACUUAUAUGACUUCWGUUGAAAGAGUAAAUGAAAUGAAGAAAAUCGACAGAGAAUUAGAUAGUGGAGUACAACCACCUGAAGGUUGGCCACAAAAGGGAGAAAUUAUUAUGAGAGACGUUAGCCUCCAGUAUGAAGGCAACGAUAAUCCAGUUUUGCAUAAUUUGAAUUUAGUCAUCAAAAGUGGUGAAACAGUUGGAAUAGUUGGUCGAACCGGUGCMGGAAAGUCAUCGAUAAUAACGACAUUGUUUCGUAUGACACCACCAACUGGUUUGAUACAAAUCGAUGGCAUCGAUACUUCAGCGAUAAGCCUGAGUGCGUUACGACGUAUUGUAUCGAUCAUACCUCAGGAACCGAUUGUUUUCACUGAAACCAUACGCAAGAAUUUGGAUCCAUUUGGCGAAUGUAGUGAUGCCUUAAUUUGGGAGGCRUUGGCCAAAGUUGAGCUCAAGUCRACAGUCACUGCGUUUCCACAAAAGUUGGAUCAAUUGAUGAGUGAGAGCGCCGGUACWUUCAGUGUGGGACAGAAACAAUUGAUUUGUAUGGCCAGAGCUAUACUCAGAAAUAAUAAGAUACUGGUGUUAGACGAAGCAACUGCCAAUUGUGAUCCCAGAACCGAUGCUCUAAUUCAAGAAACAAUUAGAAAGUCAUUUACUGACUGUACUGUCUUAACAAUAGCUCACAGAUUGAAUACAAUCAUGGAUUAUGAUAAAUGUCUGGUAUUAGAUGCCGGAGUGAUUGCACAGUUUGAUUCACCAUAUAUACUAUCAAAGGAUAGGGACGGCAUAUUUGCACAGAUGCUCGAAAGUACCGGAAAAGAUAUGGAACAACACCUCAAAGAUAUCGCAUAUAAAGCUUAUGUGAAAAAACACAAUGUUUUACAUUAA